AUGCUGUCAGUAUCUCGACGUCUUGAGGUACUGGAUGACUUGGAAGAUGCUUGGAUACGAGCGGACUUUGUCCCCCUUCCUGUGGUGAAUAUACCCUUAGACGAUAUCAGCUAUACCAGUUCCAUCAAUGGGGCUCUAUACGUCUUGACGGGUACGAUUUGGGCGUCUGAUAAGAUUCUGCGCCUACCCGUCAUUGUACCCGGCGAAACUCUCUAUGGAGGGAGUUGUCUUCGUCUAGCCAAUGAAAUCUCAAGCCACCAUGGUAGACGUGUCGUCAAAGAAGUCGAUGUUUUGGAGGAGAGCAAUCUCCUCACAGUCAUAUCGGUAGAUAUUGUGGACAACCGGUACUCUACCCUGGUAUUCGACUUUUACACUGCCGACACGUUCGAACCACAUCCUGAUGCUGCUCGACCCUCUAUGAUCCUGAAGUGUGAUCCAACUAUGAACAUCGUCUUACCUCUGGUUGAAGCUGAAGAAGAUAUCUCGGAGUAUGGGGCAGCAAUAAUGGAUAGCUGUGGCGAUAUUGUCUUCUUUGUUGUCCCCAACUUUUCGACUAAUGGCAUGACGCCGCUGGGUUGGCCUCGAGAGGAACUGCUAUGCUGCAUCGACUGGCGUCGAGGCAUCUUCUCUCCGCUUCGGAAGGAGACAACCUACCAAAGUAUCGUCAGUGUCAGUUUCAUCAGCGAGAACACCAUUCUCAUCCCUCGCGGUGAACGACAUUGCCUGCAAUUGUGUGUUUUGUCGAACGAUGCUCAAGGCCAUCGUGUGCUACAGACGGCGUUGUAUCUCCGAUUACCCGCCAUGCCUCCCAGGGCUGAGAUCAGUUCAUCCACUGUCAUCCGCGACACGUCCAGCUUUACACGUGUUGGAGACGGCCCUGUCAAGCUUCCUCCCAUUUUUGCAACUCCGGCUUCGAGUUCAGUCUGCGCUGUGCGCCUGAUAGUCGAACGUCAUGUUGGCACAGACCUACAAUUUCACACUUUCCUGCUGGUGACACACUGUGCCACACUGGCCGAAAUCGCGAGCGGUGUACCAGCCAACGAGAGACAUACUUGGUUACAACCAGCUCAGCCUCAUCUUCGCGUGGACGAAUCAACAGUCGUCGAGUCGAGUCUACCUCUUGACGACGCAGAGACACCCCAUGUACAGACCUUAGAGUCCGAUGUCUGGUCACGCCGGGGUUUCAUGUGGCUCGACGCCGGAGAUCUAGCGCCUGACGCUAGCGAACGAUCGUGGACCGUUCAUGGCCAACGUCUACUUGGUUCAUCCGCGGAACGUGAAGAGUCUGGCCCUGCCCUUCCGCUUCGCAUAUUCGACUUCAAUCCACACAAUACUCGACACUUCGCUACCAUGCUUCUGCCUACCGUAUCAGCUACAUCUGAUGACGAGCAUCUGCGGCCAGAAGACGUGCGAGGCGAGGAAGGGCCAGAAGUACCGGAAGAAGAAGGGUCCGAGUUCGGGCGCUGGACCCAACUCCCAAAUGGGAAUAAGCUCACCGUCGUCAAUCAGCCAAUAACGACACCAUCCGGAGGCUGGUGGAGAAACGACCUAGUAUCCGACAUGCCUUUCACAGUCACUCAGGCAGCACAAACAGAACGUUGGUCCAUGCUCACGGUCCAUGGAAACCAGAUCUUGCGCAAACGCGAAAGUUCCAACAGCGUCACCCAACAUGAGCCGAUGAAUACAACUUUUGAAGUGUUCCGUAUAGGACAGGGCUGGGAUUGA